UGCCAGUCAUUCGCUGUCACCGCCAUGAAGCCUGAAGCAGCUCUUCUCCUGGUGUGCCUGUGGGCCGCAAACUGCCAAGUCCACGGCCUCGCCGCACCAAGCACCAAAGCUUCCUUUCAGCGCUCGACGGCCACUGUCAUCCGGGGAACUUCACGCUCGCCUCUGGGGUCGUCGCAUCUCCUGCAUGUUGACACCUUCGACCAACGCCACACCCUCCGUCUGCAGCCUGCCGCUGCACCCUUCGCUGACACAUUCAGGCUGCAGACUACUGCGAGGGACGAGGAGGGACGGCUCAUCUUUAAGGAUGUAUCCUACGACGAGGACCACGACGCUAGCGAGUUGUACCAAGACCCUGAGUCCGGGGGUGUGGUGCGGGUGAGCGAUACCAGGGUGGAGGGAAUCAUUUCAUCCACUCUUACUCUCACAGCUGAUGCUGACGGGCAGCACGAGGCGGUGCGUCAAGAGAUCGUGCCCGAAUUCAACGUCAACGAUGAGUUGGAGGUCCCAUCGGAGGAGCGUCUCUCCUUUGAAUCCUCCGCCACGACUCGAGCAGUGAGCAGCGUCACCGUGGAGAUGUACGUGAUCGUGGACAGCACCCUGGCGGCCAGUGUGGGCACGGACCAGAAGGUGAAGGACUACCUGGCUGUGUUCUGGAACGCCGUCAACAUGCGCUACGCCACUUUCAGUGACCCUAAGAUCCAGCUGGUCCUUGCCGGUGCCCUCAUCGUCCGUGAUGCUGCCGACGAGCCCUACGUUACUAGCAACAUUGCCUCAAGCAUUUACGUGAACGGCUAUGGGGCCCUUGAAGCAGUGAGUAAAUGGCUUUACCAGCAGAAGACCAAACUGCCGAACUACGAUAUGGCCUAUCUCAUGACCGGUAAAGACAUGUUUUCACCCGACGGGGGAUCGACCAGCUUGGCAGGCCUUGCAUACAGAGAGGCUGCCUGCGUGGUAGGCGGUACCAUGAUGUACAAAACGGGCAUGGGCGAGGACAACAGCUAUUACGGGGGCGUCAUGACCGCUGCUCACGAAGUAGCCCACAAUUUAGGCUCCCCUCAUGAUGGCUCGGAUGGGUCCGAGGCAUGCUCCUGGAACUUAGGUUAUAUCAUGAGUUACCUGACUGUAGACAGCAAAAAGUUGCUCUUCUCCUCCUGCUCCCAGGCGGCCAUGAAGAAAUACAUCUCGACCAGCUCCGCCUCUUGCCUGCAAAGCACACCGACCGGCGCAACGAUUCCUUUGUCGAACACGUUGCCGGGCCAGAUCCUCAGCCUCGACAAACAGUGCCAGAUCGCCACCAAUAAAACCGACGCCUACGCCUCCAAGUCUGUGAGUGAGGACUCCCUUUGCUACAAACUGGUGUGCCAGUGGAAGGUACAGGAAGGAUACACCACAUGGACCUAUACCCAGACAACGGGGGGACCUGCAGCCGAGGGUUCUCCUUGCAAGAGCGGCGGUGCAUGUAAAGACGGGUCAUGCCAGUAAGGGGACACACCGCCCGCCGCCUACUGGUGUAUUCAAAGACCGACGUUGACCAGGGAGUCAUGUACCUCUCAGAAUGUACUGUUAGGCAGCGUGAUUUAAUAAAGUUACUAUUGCAGCAAC